GUAGAGUGUUGUGAGUCUGUGAAGCACCCUAGCAGUUUCUUUCACUCUUCCUAGAAGUCCAGGUGUCACAGGAAAACUUCACUUAUUAGGUGGCAUCCAGAAACGGCAGCGGAUUACUGACCUUCUGCUGAGUGGAUGGCAGCACCAUGAAAAAUGUCUCUUCCUUCCUGGAAAUUCAGCAAAGCAUUAGCGUUCCCAGGCUGUUGGAUCUCUUCCAUGUUAAUGGAUAAUAUUUGCUAUGUGCCCUGUAAAUCCUGCCCUGGGACUCUGUGACCGGUGGGGUGCCUGAUGCCUGUAAUCCCCAUUCCCCGCCGGGUCCGUUCGUUCCACGGCCCCCACACGACCUGCCUGCAUUCGGCCUGUGGCCCGGUAAGGACCACUCACUUGGUGCGCACCAAGUACAACAAUUUCGACAUCUAUCUCAAAUCCCGAUGGAUGUAUGGAUUCAUCCGUUUCCUGCUGUACUUCAGCUGCAGCCUCUUUACCUCCAUCCUCUGGGUGGCACUCUCGAUCUUGUUUUGCCUUCAGUACCUUGGCAUCCGGAUCUUUCUGCGUUUCCAGUACAAACUCUCCAUCAUCCUCCUCUUACUGGGGCGAAGGCGGGUAGACUUCAGCCUCAUGAAUGAACUGCUCAUCUAUGGAAUUCAUGUGACCAUGCUGCUAGUGGGGGGGCUGGGAUGGUGUUUCAUGGUAUUUGUGGAUAUGUAAAUAAAAGAAGCGCAUGUGGGCUGAGAAGGUGACUUUUCUUCUACCCCAGAAUGUGUCAAUAUCUUCUUUUCUUUUUUUAUAUAAAUUAAUUUAUUUAUCAGUG